AUGAUCUCGCUCAACCACCUCAUCCUCCUAUUCUGUGUGGGGUGCGCGAUCUUGGCGGCUUCGGGUAAGAAAUAGAGUAGUCAUGAAAGUGAUUAUAAAGUAUUACUGUAGAUGCCACACCCAAAAGGUCUCCAUUGGGAACAAUGCGAUUUGGCAAACGCUCCAUUGUCAAUGACAUGUCUUUCGAUGAGGAGGGGUACUAUCCGAGCCUCCUGCUCAAACGGUCCAACGUGGACUCGGAGCCAGUGAUCCGAGACCAGCGCACUCCGCUGGGCACUAUGCGUUUCGGCAAGCGCAGCAAUGGUAAAGAAAAUUAUCGAGGGUUACAGUAGACUCGUUUUCUUCCAGAGCCCUUCGGGACAAUGCGCUUCGGGAAACGGGAGCUAGAGAGCGAUGCUCCGUUCGGAACAAUGAGAUUUGGAAAGAGAGAUAACGGUGAGAUAUCUGGGUACGCAAGUGUGUUUUUCAUAGUGUAAACUAAUCCAGAACCGUUCGGAACCAUGCGCUUCGGAAAAAGAGACGACGACAAUGCCCCAUUCGGAACAAUGCGCUUCGGAAAGAGAGGAUCCGGUAAACCAUCACAGAAUUUUGAGCAUUUCCUAACUGUCAUUUACAGACGAGCCCCUUGGAACCAUGCGUUUUGGAAAGAGAUCCGUCGACGACGCUCCGUUUGGCACCAUGCGUUUCGGCAAGCGCAACCCACUCGGAACCAUGCGCUUCGGCAAAUAA